AUGAGGAGUCUGGCGCUGCUGUUAGGGGUGAAAGCCGCUUGCAUCCUGCUGGUGUCUUCGCUCUCUGGCACAGGGGCCGUCAACAACAGCGGCCGGUGGUGGGGUAUUGUCAAUGUGGCCUCCUCAUCCAAUCUCCUCACCAAUUCCAAGAACGUGCAGUUGGUCCUGGACCCCAGCCUGGCCCUACUGAGUCGUCGCCAGCGCCGGCUGAUUCGGCAGAAUCCUGGCAUCUUGCAUGCCAUCGCCGCUGGGCUGCACACUGCCAUAAAGGAGUGCAAGUGGCAGUUCCGCAACCGUCGCUGGAACUGCCCGACCACCCACAGCCCAGCAAUUUUUGGCAAAAUUGUCAAUCGUGGUUGCCGAGAGACAGCAUUUGUAUUUGCCAUUACCAGUGCAGGGGUGACCCAUGCUGUGGCUCGCUCCUGCUCGGAAGGGGCCAUUGAAUCGUGCACAUGCGAUUACCGCCGCCGAGGUCCUGGAGGGCCAGACUGGCACUGGGGGGGCUGUAGUGACAAUGUGGAUUUUGGCCGGAUGUUCAGCCAGGAGUUUGUGGAUUCCAGUGAGAGGGGCAGAGAUCUCCGCUACCUCACCAACCUACACAAUAAUGAAGCCGGCAGAAUGACGGUGUCUUCAGAGAUGCGUCAGGAGUGUAAGUGCCAUGGCAUGUCAGGCUCCUGCACUGUACGUACCUGCUGGAUGCGCCUGCCCAGCUUCCGCACAGUGGGAGACUUCCUUAAGGACCGGUUUGAUGGAGCAUCCAGAGUUGUUUAUGCCAACAAGGGAAGCAACCGUGCCUCUCACCGAGCUGACCCCCGCCAUCUGGAACCCGAAAACCCGGCUCACAAACCCCCUUCUGCCAUGGACCUGGUCUAUUUUGAGAAAUCGCCAAACUUCUGCUCUUAUAAUGGCAAAACUGGCACUUUGGGAACUUCUGGGAGAACAUGCAAUAGCUCUUCUCCAGGCCUAGAUGGAUGUGAGCUGCUAUGUUGUGGACGUGGGUUUAAGACCCGGACUGAGACUGUGACUGAACGUUGCCAUUGCACCUUCCACUGGUGCUGCCAUGUCAGCUGCUUGAACUGCACCAGCACACGAACGUUACACCAGUGUUUAUGA